AUGAGGGCACAAAGUGAGACCGUCAAAUCAUCAACCCCUCUUAGGAGAAUCCCCAAAAAUAGAGGAACCGUUGUGCGAAAUGUCAGCGAAAUAAAUCCAAUGUCACAACAGGAGCUAAAAAAUGUCAUACAUGUGUACUCGGAAGCGAAUAAAGCUUAUUACCUAAAUUGUUUAAAGAAUGAAAGAAACCCCAAGAAGAAGAAGAAAAAAAACGUUUCCAAAAAGACGGAGAGUGAAGAAUUUGAUACACAUACCCUCAACCCCUUGAACUACCGAAAUGAGAAAUUUGAAGAAAAUGGAGCUCUUCUACAUUUGCCAGGAUCCAAUCUUACUCCGAAUUAUAUGUCCCAAAACCCAAGUGCUGACUAUGGAGUGUCGUCCCUGGCAUAUGGGACACUUCACAAAUCGAAUCCGUUAUCAUGGGGAUGUGAUUACAAGAAGCAUUACGAACUUCCAACUAUUUGUUCAAUUGUAAAGUCGAAGCAUCCCAUUUAUUCAAGGCCUCAAAAUGCGAAAACGGGACGAAAGGACAGCAGCAUGUGUCUUAAAAAUAAAAGUAAGAAGAAAAAUAGCAUCAAACAGUUUGGAGAAGGUUGCCAAAAUGAUAAGUCCUUCACGGUUAAAAAGGUACCCACGUUUGGAAACGGCAAAGAAGACGAAAUUGGAGACAUUCACCACGAUAAGCAUAAAAGUAGCGAACAUGGAUUUGACAAGAACAGCGUCGUAGAUACUACUAUGAAGGAUAUCAGCUGUUCCGACAAAUCGAAAGAUAUUUCAGACGGCACUUGUAAUUAUCAAGGUUUUUCUAACGAUUUGGAGAGAAGUAGCGUAAACAAUUCCACCUUGGGAGGAUUAAAAAAUAUGCUGGAAGCGCGCGAACAUCACUCUAAUUUUACCCUCAAAAGGCAGGACUACAACGAGGAGGGUAAAAACCAUGCACCCAUUAUUCAGCACAUGAAAAGAAGCAAGAGUCAACAUAACGAUUUAAAUUUUGUAAACCAUAGAAGCAUAAACGGGAUGGAAAAUAUGCCCUCAGGUAAUUCUGUAGACAUAAUUUUAUCAAACUCGACCAUAAUGGAAAUGAGAAAUUCAGACACGGAGUCAGAGCGUUCUUACUGCUCGAGUGGAGAACGCAGCGGAGAUUCUUCUGACUAUUCGAACGAUUCACCCAUAUGUACAAAUAAGAAUGUCAAAUCGGAUUAUAAUAAUUCGAACGACUAUUCAACCCCGUAUAUGGGAAUGCGGCGGGCGGAGAACUACAAGGACAGGGGAAAACGCAAACACAAGCUGGCAGGCCAUUCAAGCACUAAAGGGCUCAAACAUAGUGGCAAAUCAACUAAGGCUAACACAUUAUCGGCAUGUAAAGAAAGCUAUUAUGACUCUUAUUCGAAAGUGGCAGAAAGGAACACAAAACAAGGAAAGGUGUUAAUCAAAUGUAAGGUGCCUCACCCGGGGGAAAAACACAACCCGAACGGUUCCACAGAUGUAAUGUGGGGAAACAGGAACAACAAGAAAUCGAAGCAAAGUGGGAAACAUAAAAAUAACGAUUCUUCAAAGAAUGGUGUGGACGAAGAGCCAAUUUUGUUUGAUGAAAAUUGCUGCAGUAGAGGAAAAAAAAAAGGAAAGACAAGGGGAUUGAGACAUGGCAAACAUGUGAGGAAGUACAACCUACAGAGCAGUAGCCAUGUAAGGAACAAAAAGUCUCCAAACAUGAAAACGAUCCACCCGUUAGAAUGUCAAAAUGGUGCUUGUGCAGGUAUUCACAACAUUGUUUCAUCUAAGCCAGAUAUUAAACAGUCAUCGAACGUAGAACGAUGCAGUUGCGUCCAUGUGAAGAACACACCUGAUGAGAAAUUUUGUGCAAGAAACGAGACUGCCAAUGUGAUGUCUAGAAGCACUCCCAAGAGGGAAACUCUAACAAAUCGCGAAAUGGAAGCACAUGGUGAGGGAGGACCAAUUUACGCAUAUGCCUUCCGAGCCGAUACAAUGCCGAGGACAGCAUUAGUCACUUAUAACAUGUGUGAGAAUGUACCACAGGGAGGAAUGAAAAAUCUAUCUCAAAAUGUUUUUGCUGAAGUCCGACCCGAGUUAGCUAAUGUUAAUUUGUGCGUACAGGAAUAUCCCGCAAAGAGGUAUCAGUCGGCAUCCGUUCUGCCAAACUUCUCAGCCCACUCAGUUCCAGAGAGGAAUACGCCAAUUCCACAGAGCCAUUUCGCUCGCGCGCCUCCGCAGGUGAUUCACGUGCCAAUAGAGGUGUCUCAAGGGAGAUUGCACUUGCAGGGGGGAGGAUCACAGGUGCAAGGGGUAGCAUCACAAGUGCAUGUGGUAGCACCUCAGACGCAUGGAUCACUUGCUCAGAAGCAGGUGCCACUUUUGCAAACAAAUGUGCCAAUUAGCGCGACGCUAGCACCCUGCGGACAAUCUCAAUUUGCACUGAAACGUGACGCCCUUCCGCAGGCACACCCUCCACAGAGUCAGGCUCAGAGUCAAAUGGCACAGAUGCAACAAUUGCCAUUUGUAGAAAAACCAAUUGUUCUUGAACAAAUUCCGAUGACGAGUGUAAUUUCAAGUGGAGAGCUCAAAGCAGCGACCAAGUUUUGCAGCCUUACGGAGUUAACAAACCAGUUAGUAUCGGUUAAGGGGGAAAGUAGUGGAGCGUACACUACUGCUCAUGGCCUUUCCAAACCGUUUGAUCAGAACUGCAAUAGGUCCCAGAGCAUAGUAGAAAACAACUCGGGUGAUUUGUCAAACAAACAGUGCGCAGAAGGCGUUCUCACAAAUGCGCUAAUAAAGGGAAGUGGCACUAUCGACGGUAGGUAUACACUUUGUAGCAAUUCAAACAAAUGCAUAGAUCAAUUUAAAGGCUCUGAUGCGAAGGUGACAUUCUCAAAGGGGGGAAAUGGGAUGCCUUCAUGGGUAAAAACGUAUGUAGACAUACAAAGUACAAACCUGAAAGCCGAGGCGGCAAAUGCGGGCUACCUAAAUGUAUACACAAAUAAGAUAAAUGAGAAGACAAACAGUGAUGUUAGCAGCUCGAUGGGAAUUCUUCACUGUCUUUCAAAUAUAGAGUCAUCCACGGGUGAAGUGUACCACCAACCUGAUGCUUCUAAACAUGUUGCGCAUAAGAAAAGUGUGAAUCCAAAGGAUAUGUCUCAGUUAAUUAAGACGUCAAAUGAGAAAUUGAUAAAUUUGCAAAAGAAACAACUGUUAGACAUUUUACAGGAAAAGGGAAACGACGGAGUGAAGAAGACCACUCACACAGUGGAUAGUAGCCCCCACACCAAUGGAGAGUUAAAUGUUCAAUCCAUAAAUCAUGUGGGUGGAGAAAAAUAUCAGAACCUGUUAGGUAGUACGGUCCAGUACUUCUCCUACGCAAAUCCCGCAGAAGGUCUGCAAAACUGUGCAGAUGAAACAGAAGGGGUAAUCUUUUCCGCUACACCCCAAGAAAUAAGCAGCAAGAACCAGCCGGCGCAAAAUACCCCCCAAGUACCGGUCCAUUUAAACUGA